AUGUCGAUACAGACCGACCAUGAGGGUGGGGCCAGAUCUAGGGCUACUAAAGUGGCCACCGCGCAAACCAACCAAAGGAAACGUGCGGCGGGGAAGAAGGCUGAGGUUGGAACGAAGAAGUCCGGGAAGAAGGCGGAGGACAAGGGGAAGCAACCAACGGCACGCAAGCGUGUUUCGGCCGUGAAGAGCGAUGCGGGUGUUGCCACUGCUGCCCUCAAGCCCGGUCCUUCCGACGACGGCACCAUCGGCGGGAACGAAGACCCUGGGCGUGGCGGCGUGAGUGUUGCCGUCCGGCCGGGGGACAGAGAGGGCUUGGCGACUGGAGGAAAGCACGGCGAGGCUCCCGGCGACGACCAGGCCGCAACUGUGGUGUCCGUGGCAGAGGCAUCACAGCAGCAUAUGACGCUGCUCCCCCCGGCCGUGGUCGAAGUAUCUGCUGCAGUGAUAGAUAAGGAGAAGAAUGCUGCGCACGAUUGCACGGAGGAGCCGAAACACGACAUUGCCGACGUCGGUGGAUCUCCUCCCUCUGGGGGACGCGGGAGGCGUAGGCAGAGGAAGAGCGAUGGGGAGGAGGAGUAUGACACCCCCGUGGCCGAGGACAUCCCCAUACGCGCAAAGAGGAGGCAGACGACAGCCAGCGGUGACGACGCCGGUGGUGCUGAAGUUGGGACAACGCGAGGCACCACGGAGCCAAGUGGCUUGGCGACAGAUCAUGCAUUGCGGCAAAAGGGCCGACCCGGUCCGCGGAAACCAUCUAGCGGACGGGGGGGCAAGCAAGCCUCGAGGGGGAAGAGGCCGAAGCGCGGCAAAGAAGGCCCUGGUGAAGCGGAUGUUGAGGACGAGGGGGAUGGGGAGGAGGAGGCCGAGGAGGAUGCGGAGGAGGAGGACGAGGAUGCAGGGGAGGAAGAAAAGGACGAGGAUGAGCAAGAGGACGACGAUGAUGAGGAGGAGGAGGAGGAUGAGGAUGGCGACGAGGGGAAGGAGAAGGAGGACGAUGAGGAUGAGGAUGAGGACGAGGAGGAGGACGAUGAGGGGGAUGACGAGCCUGAGGAGGAAAAGAGUGAGGAGGAGGAGGAGGAGGAGGAGGAGGAGGAGGAGGAUGAGGAGGAGGAGGAGGAGGAGGAGGAGGAGGAGGAGGAGGAGGAGGAGGAGGAGGAAGAGGAGGAGGAUGAUGGUGAGGAGGAGGAUGAGGAGGAGGAGGACGACGUGGAGGAAGAGGAGGUGGAGGAAGGGGCGGAUGAGGAAGAGGAGGAGGAGGAGGAGCCGGCAGGGAAAGGACGGGGCGCGCGAGGCAGACGGGGGAGUGGCACAGGGAAGCGUGAUAGUGUGAGGGCACACGGGGCUGCUGCUGAAGACGUUGAUCCCCUUGGCCAGAGAGGGGUUUCUACACACCCUUUUCCGGAUGUCAUGGAUGCGCUGGGCGAAGGUGCAGAGCAUGGGCAGUUUGUUACACGAGACGAGUUCCAGCAGCUACGGUCUGAGAUGUACGCCAUGUUUGCUCAGCUCGGCCUGCGUCGUGGAGCAACUGCCAGCUAUGCCGGGGGGACUGCAGUGGUGCCUAUGGCUGGUACCCCGCCGCCGAUGAGUGCCGUGGACAGGGCACGUGUGCUUGUGCUUCGGGAGACCAACCCAUUCCCGAGCAAAGCCUACUUAGUGUGCUCUCAGCUCCUGUUUCUGAACCCCCCGGAGAAAAUUCAGUAUUACCCUGCACCGGAGGAAGUGUUCGAGGCCUUCGCUGUCCACUUGUCUGCCGAGGGGCUAGAGUCAAUGAAGCUGCUGUGGUUGCACAACGACAAGUCAACCAUGGGUGUUUUCAACCACCAGAUGUCAUCAACCAGGUCAACAAUCAACACCACCCUCAGGCCAGCAACGUACGCCGGCAUGGGUCUCUCCGAUUACGCCAAUGCGGUGGAUUGCCUGCCCACUGAGCUACACCCAAAGAAGUGGUUCAACGACGAGCAACUCCUGGCGGAGUACAGAGAUGAACAGUGGGCCCUCAACUGGCACUUUGACAAGGCCACCGGAACACCCUUCAGCAACCCCUUGUUUGCUUAUGCGUUCAAGCUCUCCUUCAAGAGGAGCGGGGUCGUGUUCACCAAGUUCAAGAGCCGCAUGGUGGCAUGGGGCCUGUUUUCGCUGGAGCAUAUACCCGUUACCCCCCCUCAUACACCAUCCACCCAACCCUACACCACAUUGCAGAUCGAGUGGCCCCUUCUGCAGGACAAGCGCCGCAAGCGAAUUCCGGCCCAGCCGGAACAAAACAGGCCGGACUACUUCGAAUGGUGUGACAAGGUCAAACAGAUGAUACACUUUGCCGUCGUGGAGCGACGCAUCCCACACGAUCCGGCUCAGGGUGCGUUCGUCUUCCCGAACAAGUUCCUCAUCGACGAUGGCGACCUUGGAGAUGUUGUUCUUGCCCACCGGGCGCUUGCAGGGCCCACCAUUGAGUAG